AAUAAUUAUAUUUUAAGGAUUAUAUUAGAAUGAGUCUAGUAAGAAAGGCACAGAUUGGUUUAAUAUGUCUUCGUUUUUUAAAUUUAAAAAAUCCAGGAAAUAUUAGAUAUUGGGGUAUAAAACCUGAUAGUUGGUUAUAUAAGACAAGUAUUUUUAAGAGGAACUAUAGAGGAAAAGCACUUCCAACACAUAGAAUAAUCAAUAUGCCGGCUUUGUCACCAACUAUGUCACACGGUACUAUUGGAGAAUGGAAGAAAAAAGUUGGGGAAUCAAUUUCUCCUGGGGAAAUUUUAGUAGAUAUUGAAACAGAUAAAGCUCAGGUUGAUUUUGAAUUUCAAGAAGAAGGAUAUAUAGCGAAAAUUUUGCUUGAAUCAGGAACAAAAGAUGUAGAAGUUGGCUUUCCUAUAGCGGUUUUGGUAGAAGAAGAGUCAGAUGUACCAGCAUUUUCAGAUUUUACUAUUGAUGAUGUAAAAACUAAAGAAAAACCAGUUUCUAAAAAAAGCGAGGUUUUUAAGGAAGAAAAAUUACGAUCUGAAAGUCUUAAAAAAGUGGAACAAGUAUCAUCUUUUACUGAAGAAAAAUCGAGUGAUCGAAUAUUUGCAAGUCCAAUUGCUCGUUUACUUGCUACUGAAAAAGGAAUUCCCUUAGAAAAAAUUAAGGGUACAGGUCCAGGAGGACGAAUAAUUAAAUUUGAUGUUGAUAACUUUAAACUCGAAUCAGUAUCCAGUAUACAACCAGCAGCAACUCAUCAAGCUUUGUAUACAGACAUUCCGUUAUCAAAUAUUCGUAAAACAAUUGCUUCUCGACUAACGGAAUCUACACAAAAUACACCUCACUUUUAUAUUACUAUCUCAAUUGUUAUGGAUAAAGUUCUUAAGUUGAGAGAAGCUCUUAAUAAUAAUGCCGAUGGUCAAUAUAAAAUUUCUAUUAACGAUAUUAUUGUUAAAGCAUCUGCUGUAGCACUUCAAAAAGUGCCAGAAGUAAAUAGUGGAUGGUUUGGAGAUUUUAUUCGACAAUAUCAUUCAGUAGACAUAUCAAUUGCGGUUGCAACUCCAACUGGCCUUAUUACACCCAUUGUUAAAAAUGUUCAAAAUAAGGGUCUUCUUAUUAUUAAUAAUGAAAUCAAGGAACUUGGAAAUAAAGCAAGAGAAGGAAAACUUAAACCUGAAGAAUAUCAAGGAGGAACUUUUACAAUUUCAAAUAUGGGAAUGUAUGGCAUUGAGCAAUUUACAUCAAUUAUAAACCCACCUCAAUCAUCUAUUUUAGCUGUAGGUUCAAUUGAAAAUUUCCUUGUAGAAGAUCCUGGUUCAGAAAAGCAAUUCAAAAUAGAAAAACGCAUGAAAAUAACACUUUCAUCUGACCAUCGUGUGAUAGAUGGUGCUGUUGCUGCAAAAUGGGUAACAAUGCUUAAAUCUAUUUUGGAAAAUCCGUUAGAUUUGUUAUUAUAAAGC